GCACCAAGUCGCCUGCCGCUCCACUCCAAAACUCGAACCGUUCGGGAUCGCACAUUUAGUGGUAUUACGAUACAUUACCCAAUAUUCGGCGGCCAUGAAUCUGCGGUAUAUCUGCACAGUAGCUCUUGUGCCGACGCUUUGCGUGCUGCUGGUACUUCUGCUGGAGUUCGUCGAGGAGGGCCUGGCCCAGAGUUCCGAUCCACUUUUCGAACUCCCCGUCCAGCUGGUCGGAUUCCCCGUAAUCGUGCUCUCCGUCCGACUUUCCCAGUUCGCCAAGAAGCUGGCCUACUCCCUCAGUCCCAGUACAUAUAGAUCUCGCAGCAGAAGGGACACCACCCACCCGCUGGCCCUUGAUGCCGAGCUGGCCCAAAAGCAGAUAAUAGCUGAGUUCGGGCCUCAAGCCUGCAUCCUGGAGGAGCCGUGCCGCGUCCACGCCUCUCGGCACUCGGGUAGUACUGAAAGGCGGUUGCCCGGCGAUGGAAGGGCAAAGCCACAUGCCGCCUGGUCAGAGGUCUUGAGGAACUACAAAGUGCAAUCGGGCGUCAGUGGGAUGAAACAAUGGUAUCUGCUGUCCCUGUUCAUCGGCGAUGCUGUCCGGGAUGUGCCGCUCUGCAAACACCUGGCCAAAAGGAUGCCCUGUCCGGGGGUCGGACCUCUGCCGCCGCCCCAGCCGCGAUGAGGAUCUGGUCGGUUCCACCUCCUCUGGGGGAUUUCGUAUUAAGGGAGGUGGAGGAGCAACCGCAUGGAGUCCCCUUAGUCAGUCACAUCGGACAUCUUUGUUAAUCAUCCAUCUUUCAGCACUCGCAUCCAGCAGCCACGUGCUGUCCCUGUGCACCCCAUCAUUUUGUUGUACUUUUAGUUGCUUUUAAGGGUUUUAAUUUAAACGAACGCCCGCCAACAGACGUAGGCGCUUAGA